AUGUCAAGAUGGAUGACACAUCUCCACUUCCUGCCACUGUGAAAGCUGCCAUCUUACAUCGAUGACGUCUUUUUCUGCCAGAGGCUGUGCGGUAGCGAUCGGGGGAAUGGCGCCGCGGCAUCAACGUCCUGUCGAUACAUGCAGUGGACCAAGUAGAGCAUGGCUCUGCAGGCGAUGAAUGGGAGCGUGCUGGAGGUGUUGGCGGGAUGUGCGGAGCAGGGGAACCUCAGCGUGGGAGUCAACAUCAGCUGCAACAACAGCUCCAACCUGCCGAGACCGGUCACCAGAGUCAGAGAGAUGGACUCGCUGCGCAUCUUGCUCUAUGUGCUCAUCUUCCUGCUCAGCGUCUUCGGCAACCUGCUGAUCAUUGUGGUCCUGAUGCUGAACAAGCGCAUGCGGACCGUCACCAACUGCUUCCUGCUGUCGCUGGCGGUCAGUGACCUGAUGAUGGCCAUCUUCUGCAUGCCCUUCACCCUCAUCCCCAACAUCUUAGAGGACUUCAUCUUCGGGGCCUCCAUGUGCAAGACCAUCACCUAUUUUAUGGGGAUCUCUGUCAGCAUAUCCACCUUCAGCCUUGUGGCCAUCGCCACCGAGAGAUACAGCGCCAUCUGUAACCCGCUGAAGUCCCGUGCAUGGCAGACUCGCUCCCACGCUUACCGUGUCAUCGCCGCCACAUGGGUGGUGUCUCUGCUUAUCAUGGUGCCGUACCCGGUGUUCAGCAACAUAAAGACUUUCCCCAAGGCCAACGGCACCGUCGGCCACAUGUGUCGCCUGGACUGGCCCAGUAAGCAAGCUGAACAGACCUGGUAUGUGCUGCUGCUGUUCACUCUGUUCUUCAUCCCGGGAGUGGUGAUGAGUAUAGCAUACGGUCUGAUCUCCAGAGAACUCUUCCGAGGGAUGCAGUUUGAGCUGGGCCAGAACACGGAGACCUCCGGCCAAAAAAAUGGUGUAGGCAGGGCUGCGGCAGGUUCGAACGAUGAUGACGAUGGUUGCUACGUCCAGGUGGCUAAAAAACCCUCCUCUGCUGUGGAGCUCCCCACCCUCUCUACCCCGUCUGGCGCCACCCAGGCCAAGUCUGAGCGAGCCCGCAGUAACACCUCGGAGGCCAAGCUGCAGGCCAAAAAGCGAGUCAUCCGCAUGCUGAUGGUGAUCGUAGCACUCUUCUUCAUCUGCUGGAUGCCGCUGUACUCAGCUAACACUUGGAAAGCCUUUGACCUGAGGUCAGCCUCCAGAGCCCUCUCAGGAGCACCCAUCUCCUUCAUCCACCUGCUUUCCUAUUCCUCUGCCUGUGUCAACCCCAUCAUUUACUGCUUCAUGAACACGCGCUUCCGCAAGGCCCUGUGUUCUACCUUUGCCGGCUGCUGCCGCAAUCGGCUCUGCCGAAAGUGCUUCUGCUGCAGGAAGAGAGAAGCAGGAGAAGAUGGCUUCACUGCCACCUCCAUGGCCACGACGAUGGCCACCUCCAUGUCCAAGAUCAGCUACACCACCGUCAGCACCGCAGGCACCUGAUGAACGAGCCCGGAGGAGAGCUGGCUGGUCACAACAGUGGUUGUCGGACAGCGCUUACUGUGUGCACCAUCUGUUUUUUUCAAUUUACCGUUCAAGUUCCUGUUCUCAUUCUUCAUAUUACUAUGUUCUGAAUCAUACGCUGAGUAAUAUCCCUUCCCUCAUUCAUGAGAUCUUUUUCAAGGUCUAUUUCAAAUUCUGUGUGCAUGAUUAGAGAAUGUGAUGGCGGGGAAACGCUCUUCUCUUAAACUGGCAGCAUCCACUUUGUUGCACCCUGAACCGAACAUCAAGUGCCUGUGCUUUUUGUGUGGCUUCAGCAUGGUGGGUUGUUCACUGGCUGAGACAGACAUUUUAAUGGAAACAACACUGAAAAGACAAAUCCUGCAUACAUGGAAACACUGUCUUUAUGUUCUGACUGUGCCAAAGGUUUUUUCUCUGACAGGUGGACUGUUGAACACUGAGGAAUCAUCGACUCUAACAAAUCAGUUUGGAUUCGCCUUCGUCCAUUCAGGGUAUCUCUCUCUCUCUCUCAAAUUAUUUUAUUGAACUUUGGAAAGUUUGCUCUCAUGUAUUUGAACACAAAGAAAUUACAAUUCUUGCUUACCUGUGAUAGAGCCUUAUCUACUUGUGAUAGAGAGGGUUAUUGUGGUAUUUUUCUUUUCUUUCCUGCAGGUCUACAACACCAAAAACAUUUAAUCUACUGUAUUUGGGGGAUUAUGUUGGCCUCUUAGUAAUGCCGGGAUGUUUUGACCCUCAGUGCAUCUUUACACUGUGUAAUCAUCUUGAAGAUAAAUAUGAGACUUUAAUUUAGCCUUAUCCUGGCAGGCGGAAAAUAUGAAGGCCAGGCUUAUAGAAUCAGGCAAUUUUCUAUUGCUGAUCCAGCCUGUAUGGAAUUAAAAUCUCCUGCCUGUGCCUGCUACAAAAAGUUUUUGAAUGCUGAUGCAGACAUUAAUAUUAAUAUUCUUAUUAAUGUGUCAAUUAGCAGUAAAAAAGUGCCCAUAUUCCACCCAUUAAAAGCUGAUUGUACCUGCUUGUUGCUCCAGUUCCCCUCCUACCAAUGACACAAGAGAAGUGCUCUAGUCAAACACACCUUUUCUGCUCCAAUAUCUUUGUCUUUCUACUCUCUGCCUUCCACUGCAGUGCUGCCAAUUAUUCCAAGCAUUAUCUAAGUACAAAGCCCCUGUUUCCAGGCUUAGACUAACGAGGUGUUUCACAGGGAUCCUCUCCCCCAGCGCGAACCUCAUGGCUUUGCCUUUGUGAAGCUGACAGCAAAUGUCUCCCCUCCCUCUCUCUCUGAGCCCCUUCAAUUCUUUGAUAAUAAUAAUAACGACCUUGAUUGAUAGUGAACCUUUAAACAAAGCAAGUAGCUCAAAGGGUGCUAAAAGGGGAACCGGGGAAAAAAAAGAAAAAUGGUAAAGCAAAAACAUGUAAAAUAAAUUGGGUUAAUAACUAAACAAAAGCAACAACAAUGUUUGUUCUUGAAAAUAGAGCCACGAGAUGAAUAGAUAGUUUAGCAUAUAAACUGGUACAUUUUUCUAUGUUUUCAAGUUGUGGUGUCAUAUGCUUAACAGCCAUGCUGGAAAAAUAACCUCUGACCUCUCUUACUAUGGACCAUGCUAACUUUGCACUAAUAAAAGACUCAAGAAAUGUUGGUAACCAUCAACUGAGCUCAAUAUUUGGUUAAGCUGGGAAGACGCUGGGACUUAAGAUAUGUUGUUGUUAAAUUCCACCUCACACUGUACGAGUCAAUCAUCUGAGGAAGCCAAAGCUCACGAUUGAUGUGCAAGCACUGUACGGUCUGAUUGUCUGACACAACCUGACCUCAUGCUGUACGUUGCUUCGGCUCCUCCGGACCAGCUUCAUACCAAUGUUUUUAUUGAAUAAGAAGUCAUAUAUUGUUUGCUAGCAAGGGAGAAACAUAUAGCCUUGAUCAUAUGUCUCAUGCUAUGUGCUGCAAAUUCCAGAAAAGAGGACCAGAAAUCAUUUGUAAAAAAGUAAAUUGAUUACUUACAGACUCUGAUUGCUGUACUGUAAGAACCCCUUUAUCUUCCAGCCAAAAACUAAAUUUGCUGCUUUUGUGUUUUUCCAUCUCACACAGGGACAGUGAGAGCAAAUGUAUUUCUGUUGGAUAUCAAUUUAAAUAAUUUAUGUAAAAUUCAUACAUAUUUUUUGCCAGAGUUGCACGGCCCAUUAGGAAUUAAGCCCAGAUAAGAAAUAACUCAAGUUUCCCUUUAAAUGCCACUUGAAACAUACAUAGAGCAGUUUUUUUGAUUCAAGCGUUGUAGAUAAGAUGACAAAUAUUGAAUUAUGCCAAAGAAUGAACAUGAUAUUGUUACAGCAAAUAGCUAUAAAACAUCCAAAUUUUAUCUGCAACAAAAAAAUGUCCUGGAUUUGUUUUAAGCAGUGUGAUGUAAUACUUUUAUCCUGCAUACAUUGGAUAAAAGUAUUACUAUGAAAGCUUAGUGCCGCAUCCCCAACCACUUUUAAGUUUGUUUUUUCAUGUCCUCCCGUCGCCCUGCACUCCCCCAUCCCUGCACCACCACCCUUUUAUCCUUUUUGUUGCGGAGGCGUACGAAUACAUGAAUGACAAUAGCGUGUGGGUGACAGCGAAGAUUUGCAGACGCAGGCACUGUCCAAGAGCAGUUUACAGGCAGCAGCAUAGGUGGCGGCAAGUUAGGCUCACAGACGAACAGUUGGCACGCAAAAACAUCCCUGACUGGGCCUUCCAUGUAAACACUUUGUCUGCUGGCUUCCAGGUGAUGAGUAAUUAUCUGUGUCUUUGCCAGCGUUUGGUGCUGAACCUGUGAAUUUAUGUAGAUUUUAUUUGACUAUCUCUGCAGCCUAUUAUCUUCCAUCAAUUCUGUAUACUUUACUUUAACUCUAUACAUUUUAAGGAAAUAAUCAAAUUAGAGCCUGUAGUUUAAUGAAAUGCAAGCUUUAUGUCAAAUGACUUUAGCUGAUUAGGAAUAAUGAUGAUAACCCUAUUAAUUCAAACUUUAUGGUGUCUUUUAUUCAAUGUACUGUAGAUUUACAUCGUAUCGGAAUAAAUCUCAGUCUCUGCUUAUGUGCAUUAUGAAUGAACAGUGCAAAAACGUAGCCCUGCUCUCUUAAAACUAUGGUAAAAGCCUCCCAGAGAUACUGAGACAUUCUCCUAAAGAUGUACUGUUUUUAUUGAAUUUUAUAUCUUUUUUGCUGUUCACCUCAGCAGGUUUAGACAUGCAUUAUUUAAAUGAGCAAAGCACCCACUCCCAGAGCAGCUAUUUUCUGUUUAACUUUAAUACGUGUGCCCCCUAUUUCGGUCGUUGUAGAAAUUAUGCUGCUGCUAGUGCUGAUGUAUCCUCCCUCUCUCUGUUAUGUGGCCAAGAUGGCGUCCACUGAGGGUGAUAAUUUAUGUCCAGCUUCCCCAUUUAAACUUUUUGCCAUCCUACACUCAAACACAAGUGUUAAUAGGGAAGUGCACGAAUUAAGACGCAGCAAAUGUAUCCUGAAACAAACAGCGGGCUGCCAAACAAACUUAUUUCUGUUGCAAGUAUGCACUCUCCUAAUAAACAAGUUAAAAUGCUAUUCUAGGGGUGAGAAACCCAAUUCUGACCCUGUCUUGAGAACAAUACAUGAUGCAAAUUGAAAUUGGAAUGAGAUGGAGGCAAGGGACCGUGCACACAGUUGGUUCCCCCCUUAUCUCUACCUCCCUCAAUAAGAACCCAAUUAGGUGCUUGAGGCAGCUCAUGAGGAAACCGCACACAACACGGAGCAUUUUCAUGAUCUCAGUGCACAAAGACAGUGAAAGCACAAAAUAUAAACCGCAGUAUCAUUGUUAACCUUUCUGCAAACACUGACUCCAUGUUGGAGCCUGCAGGUGGAUGCUGGGUGUUGGGGUGAGGUAGGCCUGAACAGGCAGCAGAAUUGAUGCAGGGCAGCACAGGCAUUGACUGGCAAAGAGAGAGAUGGGUAAUCUUUGCAGCUUAAGGAAACAAGAGGUUUCAAGCUCUUCAUGCUGCUCAUUAUGAUUUUGCUCUUAGUUAACCUCUGAUUUGUAGUAUUUACUUUUUUAAUGAAGCAUCACUCUCUCCAAGGAAACUCAAGGUCACCUCAAGCUUCCAAACUCCUUACCUAAAAAUGAUAGAAGUAAUUCUUAGUUCCUGAAAAGUUGACUUUUAUGAGGUAUCAGAUUUUCAGCCAGCAGCCAAGUUUGACAAAGGUCUCAUAAGUAAAUAAGGAGUUCUUUCUCAAUAAUAUAUAAUGGCAUCAUGAAGGAUGGCUGCAAGUAAAAUGCGCCUCUGGUGGAUUUUUUUUAUGUUGUUCCCUUGCAGAAUAAUUCAUAAUUAUAAAGAAUGAUUUCUGCCUCAGGCACAGAAUGAAAUAUUUGGCCCACAGGCUCUGCACCUGGGUGUUUCCAAGAUGUGAGCUGUCAAAGAAUCUGCUGUCAUCUGUUCUUCUUCAUGUUGGUAUUUUUUCUCAGCUUGACAAGUUCUGUAAAAAGGGGGCGUUGUAGAUUUCUCUGCUCUUCUUUCUCCUCUAAGUUUGGGAAGAGUAUGCAAGAGCUGUUCUUUUCGAGAUGCUUCUUUAAAGACUUCUGAGGGAAUAUCGAAAGUUUUAUUGUGAAUGUCAAGUUUAAGUCUCAGCUUUAAGGGAGAAAAACCUACAAGUAAACAAACUGAGAAAUAGUGAGGUGGGCACAGAGAUGAGGUGAUGAAAUCACAUACUUAGCUCUUUUUAGAAUUGGAAAACCUCUGAGGGUGGAGCUCUCCAUGUUUGUGCGUCUACAUGCGCUUAAUGUUUACUAAGGCAGUCUCUAUAGGUCUGCUGAAUUCUUUUUUUUAUUUUACCACAUGUGGUGCCUGCUUGUGCUACAUUAUAAUAGCAUAAAAUAUGUAACUGUCUGUCAGUUGAGCCAGAACUCGUUUAAAUGUGAGGUUAUCAAUGUUCGUGAUGUUUUGCUAUCACUGUAUCUUCUGUAUGAUGUAAUUAUUAUAAUGCAGUCUUGUUAUUCAUGGUUAGGUCUGGCAAUACGUAUGGUGUUUUUCAUGCUAAAUGUCCAUUAUUUAACACAAAAUAAAUAUUGGGGGAAAAAAUGUUUUGUGUGUAAGAGAAGGUGUUAUUAAUUCAGUAAAAAUAUGUUUCUAGUAUGUAAUUUUACCAAAUGAUGAGUGUACCCCUGAACUAGCAGCUGUCCACUGAAGUCUGCAACACUUUUUCGUCUCAAGCAGCAGAGAGCUGGACUGUGAAUAAAUAUUUAGCAGUCAGACUUGAAACAAGCGCAAUGAAUAAUAAAAUAGCAACAAACAAUAGAACCUCAGCUCACCCAGCGAAUACACUCUGGUAUGAAUCAAAGUCCUCAGGGGAUGAGAAUUCCUCGGGAACUUCAAAUCCACAUUUCAUGGACUGGGAUGAGGACGCGGAUGAAUGUUCAGGAGUCAUCACCAUUGCAACGCACCAGGCCACUAGUUUAAUCUGGUACCAGAAAACUGAAAAAACACAGUUUGCUUUUCAAGCUUUCCUUUAGAGACGUGGAUCCGACCCUGUGUAAAAACAGAAACUCUUUUUUUUUCUCAGUUGUAUUGCUUGUUAAAAAGUCCACACAGACUUUCAAAAUAUUUUUACACAGUCAAAGCCCACAGUGA